AUGCAAAAAUCUGGCAGAAAAAAAAAUAGAGAAAAUGGUGAUCCGAUUUCAUCUGCAGAUGAUAAAUACGUGUUGGUGAAGUACGAGCAAAAAGCGAGAACGUUUUACAAUGUUCUCGAGCAGUCGAAUCUCUACGAUUCUUUCCUGCCGAACAAGAAGUGCUUCAUUUCGGACGACAAUCUUAAUUCGUACACGUGCGACGUAAUUAAGACAUCGAAUUAUGAGGAAGAUUUGAUAAGCGAAUUUUAUAAUUUGUUGGAAGCUGCCGCCCAAAGUUACGUUCCAAAAUCGUCAACGUUGAAACCGGAGCCAAAGUACAUAACGGACGCUCACUUUCGGAUGAUAACUUUGGGGCCGAACGGAAACGUACUUCCAGCGAGUACGAUGAAUCGCGUAAGGUGGAAUUUUUACACGACCGCCACGUACGGUCUGCUCGAAGCCGUCUUCUCGAAGGAAGUACUGGCGACGCACACGCUGAAAGGAGACGCUUCUAGGAUGCUGUUCAAAUUGGAGGAGAGGAAAGUCGAAGACGUGAUUUACUUCAUCUCGAGGAAAUUCUCGUUAUCCAAAAAGGCUGGUCUGUUUUGGGUUAAGUGCAAAAUUCAAAACUAG